GCGGCGGGGCCGGGGGCUGGCGGCCCCAUGGGGCGCGCCCACACUUGCCCCCCGGGCUCGGGAGCAUGAAGUAGGGGCCUGCCAUGGGAGCGGGAUCCGCGCUGGGGGCCCAAGGCACAGCGGUGGCGGCGGCACGCGGGGGGGGCUUUCUCUUCGCCUGGAUCUUAGUCUGGUCUGCCUGUCACCUGGCCUCCACCCAAGGAGCUCCUGAAGAUGUGGACGUCCUUCAGCGGCUGGGCCUCAGCUGGACAAAGCCAGGGGGCGGCCGGAGCCCCGCCACCCCGGGGGUCAUUCCGUUCCAGUCGGGCUUCAUCUUCACACAGAGGGCCCGGCUGCAGGCCCCCACGGCCGCCCUGGUCCCCGUGGCCCUGGGCACGGAGCUGGCUCUGGUGCUGAGUCUCUGCUCCCACCGGGUGAACCACGCCUUCCUCUUCGCCGUCCGCAGCCGCAGGCAUGAGCUGCAGCUGGGCCUGCAGUUCCUCCCCGGCAAGACCGUGGUCCACCUGGGGCCUCGGCGCUCUGUGGCCUUCGACCUGGACGUGCACGAUGGUCGCUGGCACCACCUGGCCCUCGAGCUCCGUGGCCGCACGGUCACUCUGGUGACGGCCUGCGGGCAGCGCCGGGUGCCUGUCCCGCUGCCCUUCCACAGGGAUCCCACGCUUGACCCUCAGGGCACCUUCCUCUUUGGGAAGAUGAGCCCCCGUGCUGUCCAGUUCGAAGGGGCCCUCUGUCAGUUCAGUAUCCACCCCGUGACGCGGGUUGCUCACAAUUACUGCGCCCACCUGAGGAAGCAGUGUGCACAGGCUGGCUUGGACUGGCCCCAGCUGCGACCCCUCUAUCCCCAAGACUCCAGCAGACCCUUCACCUUCCAGAGUGACCUGGCCCUGCUAGGCCUGGAGAACUUGACCACUGCCACGCCUGCCUUGGGGUCACGACCAGCAGGCAGGGGGCCUGCAGUGACAGUGGCUCCCGCCAGGCCCACCCAACCCCAAAGAACUAGCCCCUCAGAUCCUCGCCAGCGUGUCCCUGUGGGAGGCCCAGCCGGGACCCCACCGCCACCUGCCAAACGGUCAGGCAGUAAAGCCCCUGCCCACUUGCCCCCUGCCUCCUUGGCUGGCUCCACCAGAACUCACCCCGCGGCUUCCCAACCAUUGCCAGUCACAGCCACCCACGUCCCUAAGAGUCCCUCCACCAAGCCUUCCGUCCUUUUUCCUUCAGUAGCCCCUGAGAAAAGCCCUCAUCCUACCCAGAAAGCCGCUCUGUCUUCAUUCACUAAGACAGCUCCGCCCACCCCGAAGCCUGCGCCGCCCACUCCCCGCCCAGGUCCUGUCAAAGUCCCCCAUCCCACUGCGAAGCCCGCCCAGAGGAACCCUGUCGUGGCCCGGCCUCCGGCCCCCAGCACCUGGCCCCUGCCUCCCACUGCCGGUUCCACAGUAGCCCCUGCUGAGGCCAGGCCAGCCAGCCAUGCCAGGAGGCCAGCCUCUGCCCUCACCGCCACCCGCAGACCUCUGCCGACCACCAGCCCUGGCCCUCCCAGAGCAGCUCGGCCACCAGCCGUGAUGGUGGCUUCAGUCUUGGGCACUGGAACUCCCAGAACUGUACCCCCCACUCGCUCUCCUGGUUCCGUCUCCGCCGGAAGCAAGAAACCCACUGGAUCAGAAACCUCCAAGAAAGCCGGACCCAAGAGCGGUCCCCAGAAGCCCGUCCCCCUCAGACCUGGGAAGGCAGCCGGGGAUGUCCUGUUGAAUGACCCGACCACCAGGGCCAGUCCCAGACAGUCCCCGCCCAGUGGACAGACCACCCCGGCCCUGGUCUCGGCCCCCGUGGGCGUCCUGUCCUCUGGUGCCCGGCCCAUGACGAGCAGCGGCUAUUCCUUCAUUCACCUGGAGGGACCCACACCGUUCCCCCUGCUGAUGGGGCCUCCAGGGCCCAAGGGAGACUGUGGCUUGCCGGGUCCCCCUGGGCUGCCUGGACUACCUGGACCUCCCGGCACACGGGGACCUCGGGGUCCCCCUGGGCCUUAUGGCAACCCAGGCCUGCCCGGUCCUCCUGGAGCCAAAGGACAGAAAGGGGACCCAGGGCUCUCACCAGGAAAGGCCCUCGAUGGGGCAAAGGGCGACAUGGGCUUGCCUGGAUUCUCCGGCAAUCCAGGACCUCUGGGACGAAAGGGCUACAAGGGCUAUCCUGGACCGGCCGGGCACCCCGGAGAACAGGGACCGCCGGGACCUGAGGGCAGCCCAGGGGCCAAAGGUUACCCUGGCAGGCAGGGGUUACCUGGGCCUGUAGGAGAUCCUGGCCCCAAAGGCAGCCGGGGUUACAUCGGACUCCCAGGGCUCUUCGGCCUGCCUGGGGCCGACGGAGAGCGGGGUCUGCCUGGCGUUCCUGGCAAGAGGGGCAAGAUGGGUAGGCCGGGCUUCCCUGGAGACUUUGGGGAGAGAGGCCCCCCUGGAUUCGAUGGAAACCCUGGAGAACUGGGCCUGCCAGGGCCCCCAGGAGUCCCCGGCCUCAUUGGUGACAUGGGAGCAUUGGGUCCCAUCGGCUACCCAGGACCCAAGGGCAUGAAGGGACUGAUGGGCAGCGUGGGGGAGCCCGGACUGAAAGGUGAUAAGGGCGAGCAAGGGGUCCCAGGUGUGUCCGGAGAUCCCGGCUUCCAAGGAGACAAGGGCAGCCAGGGGUUGCCAGGGUUCCCGGGCGCCCGGGGCAAGCCAGGCCCUCUGGGCAGAGUCGGAGACAAAGGCUCCCUGGGGUUCCCUGGGCCCCCUGGACCUGAGGGAUUCCCAGGAGACAUCGGCCCCCCUGGGGACAAUGGCCCCGAAGGCGAGAAGGGAAAGCCUGGAGCUCGAGGCCUGCCCGGACCCCGAGGACAGCUGGGGCCCGAGGGAGAUGAGGGACCCAUGGGGCCACCAGGAGCCCCUGGCCUGGAGGGUCAACCUGGCAGGAAGGGAUUUCCGGGGAGGCCUGGCCCAGAUGGCGUGAAGGGGGAGCCAGGGGAUCCCGGGCGGCCAGGACCCGUGGGUGAGCAGGGUCUUCUGGGAUUCAUCGGUCUAGUCGGGGAACCAGGAAUCGUGGGAGAAAAGGGUGACCGAGGCGUGAUAGGACCCCCAGGCGCACCCGGACCCAAGGGGGUGAUGGGUCACCCUGGAGUGCCAGGUGGUGUUGGGACCCCCGGAGAGCCCGGACCCCCGGGUCCUCCAGGAUCGCGAGGCCCGCCAGGCCUGAGGGGCCCUAAGGGACGCCGGGGUCCCAGAGGACCGGAUGGACCCGCUGGGGAGCAGGGGUCCAGGGGCCUGAAGGGCCCUGUGGGACCUCGGGGCAGACCCGGCCAACCUGGACAGCAGGGCGCGGCUGGUGAGCGAGGCCACUCGGGCCCGCGAGGCUUCCUCGGCAUCCCGGGUCCCUCAGGCCCCCCUGGCACCAAGGGCCUCCCAGGAGAACCGGGCCCUCAGGGACCCCAGGGACCAGUGGGCCCUCUGGGAGAGAUGGGACCCAAGGGGCCGCCAGGUGCAGUGGGAGAACCCGGCCUUCCUGGGGAAGCAGGGAUGAAGGGCGACCUUGGACCCCUGGGCACCCCUGGGGAGCAGGGCCUCGUUGGGCAGCGGGGAGAGCCAGGCCUCGAGGGUGACGGUGGCCCUGCUGGGCCCGACGGGCUGAAGGGGGACCGAGGUGACCCAGGGCCUGAUGGAGAGCAUGGCGAGAAAGGCCAGGAAGGGCUCAAGGGCGAGGACGGGGCCCCCGGCCCUCCUGGUGUCACCGGCGUCCGGGGUCCUGAAGGAAGACCAGGGAAGCAAGGUGACAAGGGCCCGCCAGGGGCCAAGGGCGCCAAGGGUUACCAAGGACAGCUGGGUGAGAUGGGUGUCCCCGGAGACCCAGGACCCCCUGGCACCCCAGGCCCUAAAGGCUCCCGGGGCAGCCUGGGCCCCACGGGUGCUCCAGGUCGGAUGGGGGCCCAAGGAGACCCAGGACUGGCUGGUUACGAUGGACACAAAGGCACUGUGGGACCCCUCGGGCCUCCGGGACCAAAAGGCGAAAAGGGGGAGCAGGGGGAGGACGGCAAGGCGGAGGGGCCCCCUGGGCCGCCUGGAGAUCGGGGCCCUGUGGGUGACCGAGGAGACCGUGGUGAACCCGGGGACCCAGGAUACCCUGGACAGGAGGGUGUUCCCGGGCUCCGAGGAAAGCCUGGCCAGCAGGGCCAACCCGGGCAUCCGGGACCCCGGGGGCGGCCGGGACCCAGAGGAUCAAAAGGCGAAGAGGGUCCAAAGGGAAAGCCGGGCAAGGCCGGGGCCCCAGGUCGGAGGGGGAUCCAGGGGCUGCCGGGGCUGCCUGGGCCGCGGGGCGUGGUGGGAAGACAGGGCCCCGAGGGUGUCGCGGGACCAGAUGGGCUUCCUGGCAGGGAUGGCCGAGCAGGACCACAGGGAGAUCAAGGGGAUGACGGGGACCCUGGCCUUGUGGGCCCUGCUGGGAGGAGAGGAAAUCCAGGUGUGGCCGGCUUGCCUGGAGCACAGGGGCCCCCAGGAUUCAAGGGUGAAAGUGGGUUACCAGGGCAGCUGGGUCCCCCUGGCAAGAGAGGGACUGAGGGCGGAUCAGGGCUUCCUGGGAAGCAGGGGGAGCCAGGAUCCAAAGGCCAGGCGGGUGACUCUGGCGAGAUGGGCUUCCCAGGAGUGUCUGGCCUCUUUGGACCCAAGGGCCCCCCUGGGGACAUCGGCUUCAAAGGCAUCCAGGGCCCCCGGGGGCCUCCUGGCUUGAUGGGAAAGGAGGGCAUCAUUGGGCCCCUUGGAAUCCUGGGACCGUCGGGACUCCCGGGUCCAAAGGGCGACAAAGGCAGUCGAGGGGACUGGGGAUUGCAGGGUCCCAGGGGUCCUCCCGGCCCAAGAGGGCGGCCUGGCCCACCGGGACCUCCAGGGCGUCCAGUCCAGCUUCAACAAGAUGACCUUGGGGCAGCUUUCCAGACGUGGAUGGACACUAACGGAGCACUCCGACCAGAGGGGUACAGCUAUCCAGACCGGCUGGUGCUGGACCAGGGAGGGGAGAUCUUCAAAACCUUACACUACCUCAGCAACCUCAUCCAGAGCAUUAAGACACCCCUGGGCACCAAGGAGAACCCCGCCCGGGUCUGCCGGGACCUCAUGGACUGUGAGCAGAAGAUGGCGGACGGCACCUACUGGGUGGAUCCGAACCUCGGCUGCUCCUCGGACACCAUUGAAGUCUCCUGCAACUUCACCCACGGCGGACAGACGUGUCUGAAGCCCAUCACGGCCUCCAAGGUGGAGUUUGCCGUCAGCCGGGUCCAGAUGAACUUCCUGCACCUGCUCAGCUCCGAGGUGACGCAGCACAUCACCAUCCACUGCCUGAACAUGACCGUGUGGCAGGAGACCACGGGCCGCACCCCGGCCAAGCAGGCUGUGCGCUUCCGGGCCUGGAACGGGCAGAUCUUUGAAGCUGGGGGUCAGUUCAGGCCAGAGGUGUCCAUGGACGGCUGUAAGGUCCUGGAUGGCCACUGGCACCAGACGCUCUUCACCUUCCGGACGCAGGACCCCCAGCAGCUGCCCAUUGUCAGUGUGGACAACCUCCCCCCUGCCUCACCAGGGAAGCAGUACCGCCUGGAAGUUGGCCCUGCGUGCUUCCUCUGACCCUGGCCUCCUGGUGCCUGUGGCCUUGUGGCAGAGGAAGGAGGAGGAGGCCAGGCCGGGUACUGAGGGCGGUGGCCCCAGGAGAGGCAGCCCCCUGCUCUGCCCGAGGGGUCCCUAGAUCUUGUCUGCUCAGCAGCAGGGGAAGGGGGGUAGCAGGGCACAGAGUGUCCUUGGGAAGAGCCCAUCGCAGCUCACCCCCAAAGACCAACCAAAGAGCCAGCGAGUCUGCCGAGCCCGCACCCCGCCUCGGCCCCCGGCCGACCCCAGCCCGGUGGCUGCCGGCUUCCCUCCCCGGCCUCCUGCCCAGAGAGCCCCACGUCCAAGCCAGCUGGGGGGAAGGGGUACCCCGUCAGCCGGCCCUGCCAGGGAGCUUUUGAUGUGCAAUAUUAGAAAGGAGACAUGAAAAAGGAGAGAAGGAAAGAGAGAAGAAUAUAUAUAUUAUUAUUAUUUAAACAGACCCAAAGAAGGUGUGUUACUAUUUUUUCACCUGGGAAAGAGGUGAGAGGGUGAGGAAGAGCAGCGGGGUGGGGAAGGCGAGAUCCUGGGGCGGGGGGUCCCCACUUUUGCUACCUCCACUGUGAAAUCGCCGGUGCUCGCAAUCGUCUCGCAGUGUAAGUGAUUUUUUUUUUAAGGAAAAAAAAAAAAACCUAUUUAAGAUUCUGAAGGUGCUACUAUUUUUGCCACAGACUUCGAAGAAACUUUUUUGAUGUGGGACACAGUUCACAUGGUUCUCUGUCCUCCAAAUGACAAAGUUUGGAGGAAUCGUUCUGUCUUCCUAGUGUUGUCUUUAUGCUUGUCCGGUAAUCUGCUAAGGAGGAAAAAAAAGAAAGAAAAAAGAAAAAAAGAAAAGGAAAAAAUGAAACAACAACAAAAACCCUACCAGAAACCGGAAGAAGAGGGCUUUCCCUUUAACUUAUGGACUUGGAAAUGUCUGUCCUUGUACAAAGCGUCUUGGUGUGGCCUUCGGGGUCCUGGAGGGAGGUUGUUGCCCUGGAGAGGCCUGGGAGCAGCCUUGACCUUGGAGAAACCAGUGCCAAGGGCGGUGUUGGCUGGGGCUAGCCUCGGAAUGUAAAUAUUGAACCAUCUCACGAAACUGGGAACGAAGCUCAGCUCUCCCUCCCAGGAGCCGGUCCCCCUGGGCAGCUGUCCCUCCUGCUUUCUCAGUGUUGUUAAACUCUGCAGAAACCCGCUGUCAACGUGGGUGUCAAUUGGGGCUGGGGAGAAAAGAAUUAUUCUUGGCCACCUGCGUGCGGUGGCAUUCACAAUGAUCUGGAUUGUACCCUAUCAGGGCCUGGGUUGGAUUUUGAAGUUAUUUGAACUAUGAAAUUAUUUUUAUGGAAGGAGGAAAAUUAUAUGGAAGUCUCUGAGUAUUUCUAAUGGUGUCUCUUGGGGAAUUGGGUUUGGUCUGCAAUAUUUAAUACCUCACUCGGCCCCCACUGCCCCCCUCCACUGUCCCAGCCUGGGCGCUCCCCUCUGGGGCUCAUCUCAGCGCUGUGUCCCCAUGGUACCAGACUCCACCGGGCCCCUGUCCCAUCUCGGGUUUAUCUGCUGUCCUCGUGUUUGUCUGUCCCGAUGUCGGUGUGUGGAAGCCCCAGUGCGUUCCGCCUCUCCUUUUCCCUUCCGGAUUUUAAAUAAAUAUUUAAAACUGAGGCAACAGAAUGA